AUGGCGUCGAAACUUCCAGCAGUCCUCAGUGCGACCGAGGAGGAUAUCCAACUCCUCCUGGCCGCCCAAAGCCAUAUCGGAACGAAAAACUGCGACAAGCAGAUGGAGCCUUAUGUUUGGAAACGUCGCUCUGACGGCAUUCACAUUAUCAACAUCGGCAAGACCUGGGAGAAGCUUGUUUUUGCUGCCCGCAUCAUCGCUGCCGUUGAAAACCCCAACGACGUCUGUGUCAUUUCCGCUCGUCCUUAUGGCCAUCGUGCCGUCCUCAAAUACGCUGCCAACACUGGAGCUCAGGCCAUCGCUGGCCGCUUCACUCCUGGCUCAUUCACUAACUACAUCACCCGCUCGUUCAAAGAGCCGCGUCUGAUUGUGGUUACCGACCCCCGUGUCGACCACCAAGCCAUUCGGGAGGCUUCCUACGUCAAUAUCCCAGUCAUUGCUCUUUGCGACACCGAUGCGCCCCUCAAGUUUGUCGACGUUGCGAUUCCGGCCAACAACAAGACCCGCCAUUCGAUCGGUCUUCUGUGGUGGCUGCUAGCACGUGAGGUGCUCCGUCUCCGAGGCACUAUUCCUCGCUCGAGCGACGGCUGGAACGUCAUGGUUGAUAUGUUCUUCUACCGUGACCCUGAGGAGGUCGAGAAGCAGCAGAAAGAAGAGGCUGAGGCCAAGCUGGCCCUCACUCAAGGUGGCGCCGAGGAAAGUGCACCCGCUGAGUGGGAUGUUGGAGGUGCACCUGCCGCAGGUGGCAUCAACCCCGGCCUUGUUGGCGAUGGCGGCGCCCUCGAUUGGUCGGCGGACCCAACACCUGGUGCGACCACCGACUGGGCCGCAGAGCCUUCUGCCGCUGGUGGCUGGGGAGCCGAUGCUCAGGCUACUGGCUCUGGUGGAUGGGAGUAA